AUGGGAGAAACUGAGGUGAUUCUGCCUAGCCAAAGCAUGAUCGAUUUCGAGUUCACUAACGUAUCUAAUUCCCCAGGGUUUACGGCUCCUUCGUCACCUGCGCGCAUAGGGGACUAUUAUUUUAGUGCUCCAACGAGUCCGAGGCAUUUAUCGCAGUUUUAUUCGGAGCUCGAUGAGUUCUUGAUGAAUAAUAGCGUUGAUAAUGAUGUUAUAAGAAGAAACAGUGUUUCCUCAGCCAUGCCAGGAGUGGCUAAAUCAGGAUUUACGAAGAGCGAUGUGUUUGAAGAUGAUUUUGCGUUCGAUGUCAGCCUGGAAAUGGACGCGGCCUCGCUGACAGCUGAUGUGCUUUUCGAUGGAGGUAAAAUUAAGCCGCAGGAGGUCAACAAAAAUUCGGAUAUUUUACGAGACGAGGAGAUGAUCAGGGGAAGGGAGAGAUCCGUUUCUUCUUUGUCCUCGUCGCAGUCACGCCAUAGAGUUACCAGAUCACUUUCUCCUAUGCGUGUUUCUGAGUAUCCGUGGGAAGAAGAAUUUAAGCACCAGCAACAACAGCAGCAACGGAAGAAUUUUAACCAGCUAAAUUCAAAACAACCAUCUUCGAAACCAAACCUGACAUCUUCUGUUUCGGCUCUGUCUUCCACUUCUUCGAAAGGCCACAAGAAGUGGAAAUUAAAGGACUUUUUCUUGUUCCGAAGUGCAUCAGAAGGGAGAGCAACAGACAAGGCCGAUCCAUUAAAGAAAUACGCUUCUUUAUUCAGAAAACAAGAAGAUGUCAGGAGCUCGAGCUUCAGGUCGAUACAUCAUGAUCAGGGAAAUUCUAUCAGCUCGAAAAGAAAAGGAAAGGGUCCGGUCUCGGCUCAUGAGCUGCAUUACACAAUAAACCGCGCGGUAUCAGAGGAUUUGAAGAAGAAAACCUUCUUGCCAUACAAACAAGGCAUUCUUGGCCGUCUGUCUUUCAAUCCUGCUGUCCAUGCUAUUGCCAAUGGCUUCGGAUUUUCGCGUAAAUGA